CUGAGGACUGUAGGGACUUUGGGAGCACCGGGAGCACCGGGAGCCGCGUGACCCCCUAUGAGACAUCAGCACAUCAUUAACACCGAGGAGCGCAGCCCGCGCAUCCCGGUGGAGGUCUCCCCGUCAGCUCCGUGGAGCGCAGUCCAGGAUUGUUAUUGAUCUAACCGGUGAUCGGUAAUCGAACCCACGGCUCGUUCCCUCGGCCACGCGCAGCUCCCUAAAAGUCCGCCGUGGCCUCCUCACUCCUCACUCCGGUGCUGCCCGGUCCGAGGAGCUCCGGGAGGCGCCUCACCCUCCGCGCGCAGCGCGCGGAGGAACAGUAGAGGAAUUUAGGAGCGGGGGAGUCGGUCACCUGCGAGCCCGAGAGCACCGGCACCACCGACACCACCGGCACCACCGGCACCACCGGCACCACGGUCCAAGCCGACUCCAAGUGCCGUUUCCCGGGCGAUGCCAGAGUAGAUGCCCGGGCCAUGUCCCGCCGCAAGCAGGUGAACCCGCAGCACUUAUCGUGCGCGCACCAGGAGGCGGUCCGCGCGGAGGCCGGCCAUGACGCGGCGGCGGUGGCUCCGCCCCCGGACCGGCCCCCCCCCGGCCCCCGGAGGGCGGCGCCCAGGGAGCACGACAUGCUGACCUGCGGCCGGUGCCAGACCGACUUCCCCCUGGGGGACAUCCUGGUCUUCAUCGAGCACAAGCGCCGCCUGUGCCGGGGCGCCCGGGGCGGGCCGGGGUCCUUCUCCAAGCCCGGGGAGAGGGGCGGGGCCUCGGGCAUCCCCAUCGCCCCCAGGGAGCCGGGGAGGGGGGCCACCCCCGUGGAGGUGGGCGUCCAGGUGACCCCCGGCAGGGAGGAGGACCUGGAGAGGAGGCUGACCCCGGCCAGAGGGAUCUGCCCCAAGCAGGAGAGAGGAGGUAAAGACGAGCCGUCCAGCUACACCUGCACCUCCUGUGAGCAGCGGUUCUCCAGCGCGUGGUUCCUGCUGCAGCACGCUCAGCACACUCACGGGAUCCGGAUCUACCUGGACCCCCCCGGGGCGCCGGGCUGCUCGCUGACGCCGCGCCUGGCGCUGCCGCCGCCGCCGCCGUGCGCCGCCGCCCUGCCGCGCUCGCCUCUGCACGCAUUCCUGGGCGACGCCCACAACCCGUUCCACCUGCUGCGCAUGGCGGCGCCGCUGCUCCGGGAGCACGGCCCCCCCCCGGGCUACGCGGAGACCCGGCUGCCCGCCGCGCCGCCCUUCCUCGGCCCCGCCCCGCCCCCCCGGCUGGGCCCGGAGGAGCUGGGGCUGCUGGCCCGGCACCCCAGUGCGUUUGAGCGCGUGAUGCGGAUGACGCCCCUGGAGCCGCCCUCCAUGGACUUCUCGCGGCGCCUCCGGGAGCUGGCGGGCAACACCGCCAACAACGGGGGGCCCACGCCGCCGCUCUCGCCCCACCGCGGGCCCCCCGUGCACCGCCUGCUGAGUCCCACCAUGUUCCAGGCCGGCCCCAAGCCGCCGGCGUUCCUCACCUACCCCCCGCAGCCCCGCGGGUCCUCCGGCCCCCCCGACGCCCAGGCUCAGAACCAGACGGCCGGGAAGUCCAAAUCCUGUGAGUUCUGUGGGAAGAUCUUCAAGUUCCAGAGCAACCUGAUCGUGCACCGCCGCAGCCACACGGGGGAGCGGCCCUACAAGUGCCCGCUGUGCGACCACGCCUGCUCCCAGGCCAGCAAGCUCAAGAGGCACAUGAAGACGCACAGCAAGGGGGGCUCGCCGGGCCGGGGGCCGCCAGAGGAGGGGGAGGGCAGGGAGGGGAGCUCCCGAGGGAUGGACAACGAGGAGGAGGAGGAGGAGGAGGAGGAGGAAGAGGAGGAGGAGGAGGAAGAACUGAGGAACGGAAGUCGGCCGGAGUCAAACCUCAGCGACGACUCCCAGGACUUCGGCCGGAGGGGGGGGGGCGGGGGCCUCGUGGGGGGCCCCGUGCUCCCCUACAGCCACCUGGACCAGCUGAGGCUCCCCCCCCACCAGAGGGAGAACGAGCGGCUGCAGGCGGGCGAGCGAGGCCGGCGGCCCGCCGCCAACGGCCGGAUCGGCGUCUCCGAAGCCGACGCCUUCCCCGGGCCGUUCCAGCGCCGGCCCGCCCCCGCCGCCAGCCCCGCCCCCUCCAAGAGGAUCAAGAUGGAGCUGGAGCUGCCGCCCGGCCUGCCGCUCCUCUCCCCGGACAACGUGUACUCCCAGCUGCUGGCCGGCUACGCCGCCUCGCGCCACUUCGUCCGCGAGCCCUUCCUGAGCUUCGCCGACGCGCGCCAGUCGCCGUUCGCCACCUCCUCCUCCGAGCACUCGUCCUCGGAGACGGGCAGCCUGCGCUUCUCCACGCCGCCGGGGGAGCCCAUGGAGGGGGGCAGCGCGUCGGGCCGCAGCGGCAGCAGCACCCCCCUCCUGCCGCGGGGCCCCGGGCCGGGCCGGCCGCCCAGCUCCAAGGACCGCAGGAACGACACCUGCGAGUACUGCGGCAAGGUGUUCAAGAACUGCAGCAACCUGACGGUGCACCGCCGCAGCCACACGGGGGAGCGGCCCUACAGGUGCGACCUGUGCAGCUACGCCUGCGCCCAGAGCUCCAAGCUCACGCGCCACAUGAAGACGCACGGCCAGUUCGGGAAGGACGUGUUCCGCUGCGACAUCUGCCACAUGCCCUUCAGCGUGUACUCCACGCUGGAGAAGCACAUGAAGAAGUGGCACGGAGAGCACCUGCUGGCCAGCGAGGUCAAGCUGGAGCAGGCGGACCGGGGCUAGAGGCCGCCACACACACACAGCAUCCCGAGGUCGGGGGGCGUCGCCCUCUCGGCCUCCCGAGGACCCCCGGGGACUCUUCCCGGCCCUCCGGUCGGUUCUGGAUCCCGGAGCUUUCCGUGCAAUAGUUUCUGUAUUUAUUGGAUCUUGUGUCGAUGUCCGGCGGCUGCAUUUGAAAUGUGCUCCAACUUUUCUCAAGAUGCGAUGAACUCGACGUUGUUUCCUCUGAGGAAGCUCGUCGCCUCGGAGUCUGACGAGCAGCGAGACGCGUGAGAAGACUCCAGCCUGUCGCUGUCCUCGAGUCAGGAGACGAAUAAAGGUUGCACUUAACGGAGGGACCUCCAUCUGACCUGCACGUCCUGAGAGGACGACAGCACCAUAUCCAAUAUGUUGGGUGGGGUCAGACGACUUGGUGCUCCAUGCUGUGUACUUAUAUUAUUUUAUUUGUCAAAGUCGCCCCGACUGGACGAGAACCGGCCGAAAGCCGACCAACCAAUCAGAAGACCGGCUGCCUGCAUCACUCACCGUGUGACUGACAUUCAUAUUGAGUCACCCCAUGAGACCUCCGUCAGGGCCUCAUGAGACCUCCGUCAGACCCCCAUGAGACCUCCGUCAGGGCCUCAUGAGACCUCCGUCAGACCCCCAUGAGACCUCCGUCAGGGCCUCAUGAGACCUCCGUCAGACCCCCAUGAGACCUCCGUCAGGCCCUCAUGAGACCUCCGUCAGGCCCUCGUGAGACCUCCGUCAGACCCCCAUGAGACCUCCGUCAGGCCCUCAUGAGACCUCUGUCAGGCCCUCUUGAGACCUCCAUCAGACCCCCAUGAGACCUCCGUCAGGGCCUCAUGAGACCUCCGUCAGACCCCCAUGAGACCUCCGUCAGGGCCUCAUGAGACCUCCGUCAGACCCCCAUGAGACCUCCGUCAGGCCCUCAGGAGACCUCCAUCAGACCCCCAUGAGACCUCCGUCAGGGCCUCAUGAGACCUCCAUCAGGGCCUCAUGAGACCUUCAUCAGACCCCCAUGAGACCUCCGUCAGGGCCUCAUGAGACCUCCGUCAGACCUUCAUGAGACCUCCAUCAGACCCCCAUGAGACCUCCAUCAGACCCCCAUGAGACCUCCAUCAGACCCUCAUGAGACCUCCGUCAGACCUUCAUGAGACCUCCGUCAGACCCCCAUGAGACCUCCGUCAGGGCCUCAUGAGACCUCCGUCAGGCCCCCCAUGAGACCUCCGUCAGGCCCUCAUGAGACCUCCGUCAGACCCCCAUGAGACCUCCGUCAGGCCCUCAUGAGACCUCCGUCAGGCCCUCGUGAGACCUCCGUCAGACCCCCAUGAGACCUCCGUCAGGCCCUCAUGAGACCUCCGUCAGGCCCUCAUGAGACCUCCAUCAGACCCCCAUGAGACCUCCGUCAGGGCCUCAUGAGACCUCCGUCAGACCCCCAUGAGACCUCCGUCAGGGCCUCAUGAGACCUUCAUCAGACCCUCAUGAGACCUCCGUCAGACCUUCAUGAGACCUCCAUCAGACCCUCAUGAGACCUCCACCAGACCCUCAUGAGACCUCCAUCAGACCCUGAUGAGACCUCCGUCAGACCCUCAUGAGACCUCAGUCAGACCCUCAUGAGACCUCCGUCAGACCCUCAUGAGACCUCCAUCAGACCCUCAUGAGACCUCCGUCAGACCUUCAUGAGACCUCCGUCAGACCCUCAUGAGACCUCCAUCAGACCCUCAUGAGACCUCCAUCAGACCCUCAUGAGACCUCCGUCAGACCCUCGUGAGACCUCCAUCAGACCCUCAUGAGACCUCCAUCAGACCCUCAUGAGACCUCCGUCAGACCUUCAUGAGACCUCCAUCAGACCCUCAUGAGACCUCCGUCAGACCCUCAUGAGACCUCCACCAGACCCUCAUGAGACCUCCAUCAGACCCUCAUGAGACCUCCGUCAGACCCUCAUGAGACCUCCAUCAGACCCUCAGCUCCUCCGUGAGGCUGACGUAUGUUUACAGGUUGAAAACGCCAUAAUGUGUUGAUAAUAAAGUUUCUCGGAGCAGCGGUGGAGGGUUGAUCUUCAGGAGAUGUUUCUGUGUUCUGGUUCACUGUUCGGGGAGAACAUUUGUUUUUAAUCUAGUUUUGCAGAAACAGAUUAUUAUUGUUUCCUUUAAAAUCAGCGGUGCCAUUAUUAAAUGUUUUGUUUUAUUUAAUUUUCCUUUUGAGAGAAUUUGCUGUUGUUGUUUUGGUGAAGCUAUCCUCACGGAUGUAAAAAAAAAGAAAAAAGAUAAAGAUAAAAAAAGAGAGACAGAACGAGGCGCUCCGAGAGGACGGCGUCGGGAUGGCGCUCAGCGUGACUCCUCCCCCUCCUCCUCACCGAGCCUCGUGUUCCUCGUGUUUGGCACUUACAACUAACUUUAAAUACAUUUUCAUAACUUUCACUUACACUCUUUGUACAGAAACAGUUUCCUUGUAUGGGGGGUGAGGGAGGGGGGGGCAUCAUUGUGGAUAAAGUGAUUUGAGAACAGUACACUGCUGUUUUAAACAUAUAUGUAUUUUUGUAAUGUGUUGAAAAAUCAAUACAAGAAAGCCAACACUUCAAUAAAUGUUGCAGUUGCUCUAUGA